ACUUCAAAUCUGACUGACUGGUAGAUUUGUCGAGCCAUUCGCGGAAGAAGUGGAUUUUUGGGAACGGGCAUUAUCCGAUGUAAACGAAGUAUUGGACGCAGUGCUCCUCGUGCAAAGGAGUUACAUGUAUCUCGAUAAUAUUUUCUAUUCAGAAGACAUAAGAAAACAACUCCCAAAAGAAACAGACGACUAUGACAAGAUAACUAGGGAAUGGAUCAGAAUCAGCGGUCGUAUGGCAGCGCAUGGUCUCGCUUUAAAAGCGGCUCGCGAUCCACCUGGGGUCCUGAAUCAAUUGAACGCGCUUAUCGACCAAUUGGACGGUAUUCAACACGCGUUAGAAGCGUAUUUAGAAACCAAGCGUCAUGUUUUUCCACGAUUUUAUUUCAUCUCAAACGAUGACCUCCUAGAGGUGUUGGCCAAUUCCAAAAAACCCGAACUUAUUCAACCUCACGUAAAAAAGUUAUUCGACAACAUAAAAUCCCUGAAAUUUUCCAAGCAACCCCUUACGAAUAAACCAGGCAUCGAAGGCAUGACCUCAACCGAAGGAGAGUACGUUGAAUUUGUUUAUAACGUCGCCGUGACAGGACCUGUGGAAUCGUGGCUUUGCGAAGUUGAAACUGCGAUGCGAGUUUGUCUGAGAGAGAUUUUGAAACAAUGUCGAAUUGCCCUGAGAAAAAUGUUGACUAAGCGCGACAGGUGGGUCAAAGAAUGGCCUGGUCAACCUGGAAUCACUUCUACUCAGAUACAGUGGACGACAGACUGCACGCGGACCCUGCUCCAUUGCAAAUUACUUGAGACUAAAAAGCCAUUGAAAAAAUUGAAGAAGAAACAAAAUCAAGUAUUGGCCAAGUAUUCCGAAGCAGUUCGUGGGAAUUUGGAUAAAUUACAACGUUUGAAGUUGAAGGCGAUAGUCGUAAUAGAAAUUCAUGCGAGGGAUGUAAUUGAGAAAAUGUACAAAACAGGUUGCAUGGACGUUUCGGCAUUCGAAUGGCUUUCCCAGUUGAGAUUUUAUUGGGACCGAGACAUAGACGAUUGCAUCGUUCGGCAGACUAAUACAUUUUUUGUUUAUGGAUACGAGUACUUGGGAAAUUCAGAACGCCUUGUAAUUACCCCAUUAACCGACCGUUGCUACAUUACUUUGACCACUGCCCUGCACCUUCACCGUGGUGGAAGUCCAAAGGGACCAGCCGGAACGGGAAAGACUGAAACAGUAAAAGACUUGGGGAAGGCCCUAGGCUUCAAUGUCAUUGUUCAAAACUGCUCCGAAGGAUUAGAUUAUAAAAGUAUGGGCAGACAAUUUUCAGGACUUUCUCAAACAGGUGCUUGGGGAUGUUUUGACGAAUUUAACAGAAUAAACAUAGAAGUAUUGUCUGUGGUUGCUCAGCAAAUUCUAUCGAUUCUGACUGCUCUAGCCCAAAAAUUGAAACGAUUUAUAUUCGAAGGAAGCGAAAUCGCGCUUGUACACACCUGUGGAAUAUUCAUAACCAUGAAUCCUGGUUACGCUGGUCGAACUGAACUCCCAGAUAAUCUGAAAUCCAUGUUCAGACCGAUAUCUAUGAUGGUACCAGACAGCAGCAUGAUCGCAGAAAUAAACCUGUUCGGCGAAGGCUUUCAAAAUACACGCGCGUUGGCCAGAAAAGUAUUUACUUUGUACACAUUGGCCCAACAACAAUUAAGUAAACAAUUUCAUUACGACUUUGGGCUACGAGGUAUUGUAACGUUGACCAGGUAUGCGGGUAAAAAAAGGAGAUCAUAUCCGAAUCUUCCGGAUGAAGAGGUCAUUAUUUUAGCAAUGCAAGACAUGAACAUGGCAAAAUUAACUUCUGAUGACCUGCCUUUGUUCAUUGGAAUAACGUCCGAUCUAUUUCCUGGCGUUGAAGUACCAUCUGUGGAUUACGAGGAGCUAAAUAGUUACAUUACGGCGGAAAUCCUUAAGCUCAAUUUGCAGGUCAUUCCUAUAACGAUAACGAAAGUGAUCGAACUUUACGAGACAAAAAACUCCCGACAUUCUACGAUGAUUGUUGGGCUAUCGAACACCGCAAAAUCGGUCACAUGGAAAUUGUUGAGGAAUACUCUGACGCAGAUGAAGAAAGACGAAAAACCUGGAGCUAAUAUCGUUUUUGAAUAUCCAAUUAAUCCGAAAGCUUUAAAUCUUGGUGAAUUAUACGGAGAGUAUAAUUUAUCUACUGGGGAAUGGUUAGACGGUGUCAUAUCAUCGAUCAUGAGAAAAACAUGCUCAGAGGAUACGCCAGACGAGAAAUGGAUACUAUUUGAUGGUCCUGUUGACGCUGUUUGGAUUGAAAAUAUGAACAGUGUAAUGGAUGAUAAUAAGAUUUUGACCCUUAUAAACAACGAUCGUAUAACAAUGCCUGAGCAAGUAUCGUUGCUUUUCGAAGUCCAAGAUUUAGCUGUUGCAUCACCAGCAACAGUAUCGAGAGCUGGAAUGGUCUACAACGAUUACAAAGAUCUUGGCUGGCGCCCAUACGUCGCAUCAUGGUUGCAAAAGUUCGAACCAAAUAGGCCGGAAUUCGUCCUAGAGAUGAAUCAGCUGAUGGAACGUUUCGUGGACUCUACGUUAGAAUUCAAACGUUCAAAAUGCGAAGAGACUAUCCCUGCUCCAGAAUUGAAUUUGGUCCAAUCUUUGUGCAAGCUCUUGGGGGUUCUGGCCACUCCAGAAAAUGGCGUGGUAAUGGGCGAAGACCCAGAAGUUUACAGCUCUGUGUGCAAAAUGUGGUUUCUAUUCUGUAUGAUAUGGUCGCUUUGUGCGACAGUCAAUGAAAAUGGGAGACAAAAAAUGGACAAUUUUAUAAGAGAAAUGGAAGGAAGUUUUCCUAUAAGAGACACCGUCUAUGAGUAUUACGUUGAUACUCGACAAAGAGGUUUUGUAUCGUGGGAAGAUAGACUUUCUCCGACUUGGAAAUUUCAGAUAGGAAUUCCAUUCCACAAAAUAAUAGUGCCAACAGUGGACACUGCUAGGUACGAUUACUUAGUAGGAAUACUUUUGUCGAAUGGGUUUCCAGUUCUUCUUGUGGGACCUGUGGGAACCGGAAAAACAUCCACAGCUCAGUCUGUUCUAGAGUCCUUGGAUUCUAGGAAAUAUUCACUACUUACAAUAAAUAUGUCCGCGCAGACGACUUCCAAUAAUGUUCAGGAAGCCAUAGAAAGCAGGGUGGAAAAAAGAACUAAGGGUGUGUUUGUUCCCUUUUCUGACAAGACAAUGAUCACUUUUAUGGAUGACUUCAAUAUGCCAAUGAAAGAAACUUAUGGUUCGCAACCUCCGUUAGAAUUAAUACGUCAAUGGAUAGGGUAUGGAUUUUGGUACGAUAGACUGAAACAAACUAGAAAGUAUAUUCAAAAAAUGCAACUAUUAGCUGCAAUGGGACCACCAGGGGGUGGUAGAAAUUCAAUCACGAACCGUCUUCUGACCAGAUUUAAUGUUAUCAACAUGACGUUUCCUGCGGAGAAACAAAUCGUUCGUAUUUAUGGUACAAUGUUGAAUCAGCAGCUGUUUGAAUUUCAUAACGAAGUCAAAUCUCUCGCAACCGAUAUAACCACUGCCUCAAUCAACAUGUACAAUAACGUGAUUCAGAAAAUGUUACCAACACCUGCCAAAAUGCACUAUUUGUUCAAUUUGCGAGAUAUAUCAAAGAUUUUCCAAGGACUACUCCGCAGUCACAAAGAUUAUCAAUACUCGAAGCAAACUUUCCUACGACUUUGGGUUCACGAAUCAUUCAGAAUAUUUUGUGACAGAUUGAUCGAUGAAAGGGAUCGGGAGUGGUUUACAAAUGAAGUCAACGAUCAGUUGGGAAAACACUUUGAGUUAACAUUCAAUAAUUUGUGUCCGGAGAAACGAUGUCCCGUCUUUGGUGGAUUCAUAAACGCUUGGGGAAUUUAUGAAGAUCUACCAGACCUCGUAGCUGUACGAAAUUUCAUAGAAAAUCAGAUGGACGAAUAUAAUGCUUCGCCUGGAAUAGUUCGACUCGAUUUAGUGCUCUUCCGUGACGCUAUCGAACACGUUUGUCGUAUAGUUCGUGUAAUAUCUCAGCCUCGUGGAAACGUUCUCCUCGUCGGUAUCGGUGGAAGUGGUCGUCAAUCUUUGUCUCGCGUAGCGUCGUACAUGUGUGAACUGUCGACAUUCCAAAUAGAAGUAACAAAAAAUUACAGAAUAGCAGAAUUCCGAGAGGAUUUGAAGGCCCUUUAUGCUAUAGUAGGAGUAGAAAAUAAACUGACCAGCUUCCUAUUUAAUGAUACACAAGUAUCAGAGGAACAAUUUUUGGAAAUAAUCAACAAUAUGUUGAGCACAGGCGAAGUGGCGAAUCUGUACAAGGCCGACGAGAUGGAAAAUAUAAAAGGAAGGCUUUCAAAGGAAGCUAUCAAAGCCGGUUAUUUGCCAACUACGGAGUCAAUAUAUCAGUACUUGAUAGAAAGAGUACGAGCCAAUUUGCAUAUUAUUUUAUGCGUAAGCCCAAUCGGAAGUGCAUUCAGAAACAGAUUGAGACAAUAUCCAUCCUUAAUAAAUUGUACCACCAUCGAUUGGUUCCUCGAAUGGCCUAGAGAAGCUUUGCUCGAAGUCGGUAACAAGUUUCUGGCGAAUUUCAAUCUCAUAAAGACAAUUACCGGCGAAAAUAGAGUGGAACCCAGGAGAUCCUCAACGGCUAUACCCAUACCUCCUCUACAAGAGCGUCUCCGUGAUGGGAUAGCAUCUACUUUUUCCCUGAUCCACGACACGGUAUCCCAAUUUUCAAAACGAAUGGCCUUAGAAAUGAAAAGAUACAAUUACGUCACGCCAACUAAUUUUCUGGAACUGGUGGCGGGAUAUAAAGAAAUGUUGGUUACAAAGCAAGCAGAGUUAGCGGAACAGUCAAACAAGCUACGAAAUGGUUUAUUCAAGAUCGAUGAUACUAGUAUCAAAGUCACCGAAAUGGCGGCAGCCCUUGAAGUAACUCAACAGCAAGUUUUAACUUCGACAAAAGAGUGCGAAGAAUUUUUAGUAACGAUAGUGAAUCAGCGACGAGAUGCUGACGAGACUCAGAAGGCAGUCACUGCGAAGUCAAUUCGUAUAGCAGAAGAAUCCACGGAAUGUAAGAAACUCGAAGAAAUUGCACGUGCAGAUCUUGCUACCGUCGAGCCGACUCUUAUCGAAGCUAUCAAGGCACUCGACGCGCUGAAUAAAAAAGAUUUAUCGGAAAUAAAAUCAUUCACACGUCCACCUGCAAAAGUUGAAAUGGUCAUGGAGGCUGUGAUGAUAUUAAAAUGUUCCGAGCCGUCGUGGGCUGAAUCUAAGCGACAGCUUGGUGACGUGAACUUCCUGAAUACAUUAAGAGAUUUUGAUAAGGACCACAUAUCAGACCGUACACUCAAAACGAUUGGCAAGUACACAGCUAAUCCAGAUUUUGACCCUAUAAAAGUCGGAAUUGUAUCUAUUGCUGCGAAAUCAUUAUGCAUGUGGGUCAUAGCCAUGGAAAAAUACGGAAAAUUAUAUCGAAUCGUAGCGCCUAAAAGAGAAAAAUUGGAAGCUGCUUUGGAGUCUUUGAGACAAAAAGAAGCUGCUUUAGCAGAAGCUAAAACACAAUUGCAAAAGUUGAGAGAGGAAUUGGACGCUUUACAACGUACUUACGAUCAAAAAAUGCAAGAGAAAGAAGAUUUAAUUGCCCAGGCAGAUUUGCUGAAAUUGAAACUGGAGCGAGCAGCUAUGUUGGUCGAUGGCCUGUCUGGAGAACGUAUUCGUUGGCAAGAAACUGUUCUAGUGCUCGAAAAACUAUUCGACUGUCUUCCCGGCGACUGUCUUCUAGCCACAGCAUUCGUGUCUUAUUUAGGGCCAUUCGUUUCCAAUUACAGAGAAGAUUUGGUUGCAAUUUGGAGAAAAGAGGUGAUAGAAAUGGAAAUCCCCUAUUCCACGUCUCUCGAUGUCAAGGAUUUUUUGAGCGACCCUACGACAAUUCGAGAAUGGAAUAUUCAAGGGCUGCCAUCAGAUGGGUUUAGCACAGAAAAUGGUAUAAUUAUAACUACAGGAGCACGAUGGCCACUUGUUGUAGAUCCGCAAUGCCAGGCAGUGAAAUGGAUUAAAAAUAUGGAAUCUAAAAAUUCUUUGAACGUAAUAGACUUUGGCCAAUCAGACUUUAUGAGGACCCUAGAACGUGCCAUACAAUUUGGGGAGCCAGUCUUGCUUCAAAAUGUAGGAGAAAUUUUAGAUCCUGCAUUAAAUCCAAUCCUUCAAAAAGCCUUUGUGAAAUCAGGCAACCUCGUCAUGAUUAAAUUUAACGAUAAAAUGAUCAAUUAUAACGAUAAGUUCAGGUUGUACAUUACAACAAAACUACCUAAUCCUCACUAUGCUCCUGAGAUAUCUACUAAAACGACACUAUGCAAUUUCGCCAUCAAAGAACAAGGUCUAGAAGCCCAGCUGCUAGGUAUUGUCGUCAGGAAAGAAAAACCUCAACUAGAAGAACAGAAGGACAACCUUGUGAUAACAAUUGCGACUGGAAAACGUACUCUGAAGGAUCUUGAGGAUAAAAUUCUCUCUUUACUUGGAGUUACCUCUGGAUCCCUCUUGGAUGAUUUAGAUCUGUUGAACACGUUACAAGUCUCCAAAGCGACAGCUAUAAGUGUUCAGGAAUCUUUAAUUACUUCGGAAGAAACAGAAGUUGAGAUUGACGCGGCUCGAGAAGGAUAUCGCCCUUGCUCAAAACGUGCAGCUAUAUUAUUUUUUGUACUUAACGACAUGAGUCACAUUGAUCCUAUGUACCAAUUCUCCCUUGAUGCUUACAUUUCACUGUUCAUUAUUUCUAUUGACAAAAGUCAGAAGAGUCAAAAAUUAUCUGACAGGAUUAGCAUUCUCAACGACUACCACACUUAUGCGUUGUACAGAAAUACGUGUCGAGGUCUCUUCGAGCAUCACAAACUUUUGUUUUCAUUUCACAUGUGCAUUAAGAUACUAGACGCUCAAGGGAAAGUCGUAAGGGGCGAAUACGCUUUUCUACUGAAAGGAGGUAUCGUUGUGGACAAAGAAAAUCAGCCUGAUAAACCGGUGGUAUGGUUGACAGAUGAAUCUUGGGACAAUAUUACCGAACUUGAUAAAAUCCCAGGAUUUCAUGGUGUCGCAGCAUCAUUUGAACAGUUUCCCAGAGAAUGGCAUAACUGGUACACUAAUACAGAGCCAGAAUCAUGUCGAUUGGUAGGUGAAUGGGAUGACACUUGCAAUGAAUUCCAACGUAUGUUAUUUGUGAGGAGCUGCCGUUCGGAUAGGAUAUCAUUUUGCAUAACAUCAUUCAUCGUUAAUAAUUUGGGACAAAGAUUUGUUGAACCACCUGUGCUUGACAUGAAAACUGUAUUGGACGAUUCUGUAGCGCAAACUCCACUGAUUUUUGUAUUAUCCCCUGGCGUUGAUCCUACAAGUGCUUUAAUGCAGCUUGCUGAUAACCAGGAUAUGGCAGGACAAUUUAUGACUCUCUCUCUGGGGCAAGGACAAGCACCUAUUGCAACAAAAAUGAUACAACUUGGUGCGCUUGAAGGAGCUUGGGUAUUUUUAGCGAACUGUCAUUUAUCUCUAAGUUGGAUGCCAAAGUUAGAUAAAAUUGUAGAAAUGCUGCAGACGAGUGUAAUGCUGCACCCCAAGUUCAGACUCUGGUUGAGCUCAAGCCCAACUCCAGAAUUUCCCAUAUCUAUUCUACAAGCUGGAAUAAAAAUGACGACAGAGCCUCCAAAGGGACUGAAAGCUAAUAUGAAACGGCUCUACCAUUUGAUAACUGACUCUCAAUUUGAUAUGUGCUCGGCUAAGGCAAAAUACAAGAAACUCUUGUUCACACUAGUCUUCUUUCAUGCAGUUCUUUUAGAACGUAAAAAGUUCCAACAGUUGGGAUGGAAUGUGAUAUACAGUUUUAAUGAUUCAGAUUUCGAGAUGAUUUGCUCAAUAGUCAAUUCUACCGGCUUUCUUCGCUUCCAACCUACUAUGUUCCUAGAGAUGGUUCAUUAGAAUCGUACAGAGAUUUUGUAGCAGUGUUACCGAAUACAGAUAAACCAGAAGCAUUUGGUCAGCAUUCAAAUGCUGACAUUACUUCGCUAAUUAAUGAAACGAAAAGUAUGUUCGACACGCUGAUGAGCUUACAAAUCCAAGCUGUGUCUGA